UUUAGAGAGGUCAACAGAUAAGAUAGCCAUUGCAUAUAUUAGGGCCAAGUGUCCAAAUGUGGUCACUCUCAGAGAUUGGGGAGCCACAGUUCGGACGUCAUCAUACACCAUGAAAUACCUAAUCCUCAUCAGUGCUCUUGCUUACGUAGCCUACUCUCAAGUUCCCGGGCCUUGUGAAUCGCCCAAGCAAUGGGAAGGGAGAGUUUUUACUACUGACAGGAGUAAGAACUUCACACAGAUUGGAAAGGUCAGCUAUGACGAGACACAAAGAAGAGAAAGAGUUAUUGAAGAGGUUGAAUUCGGAUCUGACCGGGAUUACUUCGAUUCUCUCUUCCUCCACAAUGUCGGAAAAGCUUACAUUCUGAACCUGAAAACAAGGAAGUGCAACGUCACCAACUUGACGGAGCCAUUCAUCCCCCGUGGUGUUCCCCGGGAGGCCGAGUUUGCGGGUAGUGCGACCAUCGGAGCUGCUGGUGUCCCCGGGGAGUUCAUGGUCGUAGAGAACUUUAGGGGAACCUUCAGGUCCUCUGGAUCCAAGUUCUUUGGUGUGUCGACAGUCCCAGAUUGCUUUCCGAUUGAAUUCGGAUACUACAGCGAAAAAACUGGAUUUGUUCAACAAACAAUAUUCGAUGCCAAUAUUGGAAUCAGCGAUCCUAAUGUUUUCAUUCCACCAAAAGAAUGCCUUUAGAAUUUAACUAAUUAAACAUUUUUUCCAUAAUAA